GAUGUCGUGAUGUCGUGACAUUGCAGUUCUACUAACUGGGCUCCCUGUGUAAGAAAUACGAACUAAAGCGGAAUAUCAAGAAAGUCAUCACGUUAGAUCCUCGUGCCUUUUAGUUUCAUUUUCUGAUGCUUCAAAGUGUUCCUGAAGAUGAAGAAGGAUUAUUCCAAUAUAUGAUCAAUAGCAGCAUGUGGUGCAACAUUAGAAUCAAGUUGAAAUAAAAACACCAUCAUCAUGAGAUGUUAUUAUAUGAAAAGAGUAACUGUUGAGCCAGUAGCUUUUUUGGCUCUGUUCUCGCUGUCACUUCUCAACCAAGUCAGCCAGCAAUAUGUCUUUGAGAAACUGAAACCCAAAGCAGAAACAAGACCACCGAAAAGAACAAACUUGACGGACCUGCUCUCCACUUGCAACACCAGUACAACUUCAACAACCUUGUAUUUCUUAGAUGAAAAUGUGUUAAGAUCAGAAGCAGGGCAAUGGUUGCUUUAUUUGAAGCUUGCUGCAAUAAUUCCUGGUGUUUUUACUUCAUUGAUAUUAGGGAUAUGGAGUGAUAAAACUGGCCGUAAGAUCGUGUUACUUGUAGCCUCAUGUGGUGGUCUGAUACAAGUUUCUCUUCAUCUUCUUGUCAUCAACUUGGAUUUAUCAAUCCAUGUUCUUCUCUCUGGAAAUAUUGCAUAUGGAAUUUCAGGUUAUGCAGUUGUAAUCAUUGCCAUAUGCAUGGCUUACACUGCUGAUAUUACAAGCAAGCAGGAGCGAACAAUACAGAUUGUUAUUCUCAGUACAUUAAUAGGCUUUGGUAAAGGUCUUGCAGAGUUUGUAAGCGGCUAUUGGGAAGAAGCCCAUGGGCUGGUACCCCCAUUAUGGCUGGUAUUUGGCUUCAAUGUCAUAAAUAUCAUAUACAUUAUUUUCUUCUUGCCAGAAACAAUCAUUCGUGAAUAUAGGAGCAGACCACUGGGGAACUGCAAACUUUAUGUAAUAAAUAUAUGUAGAUUAUUUUCAAAUGGUAUAUGCAGGACUACUUGGUGUCGUCUUGUUACAAUAUAUCUUGUAUCAUUUUUUGUCAUUGCUGUUGUACAGCUUGGUUGUCAUGAGGCAAUGCUCACAUAUUCUAUUAACUGGCCAGUAUGUUUUGGCAAGGAGUAUGUUCGAUACUUCUCUGGAGCAAUGACUUGCAUUUUUGUUACAAGUCUUGUUGCGGUGAAGCUCUUUCAGUUCGUCCCUUGGCUUUCACAUCACUGGAUUCUUGAAAUUGGCCUACUGUCAGCAAUAGGAGCACUUGUCCUGACUGCAUUUGCAAAGACAACAGCAUUAAUGUUUAUAGUCCCUGUUGCUGGAAUACUUGCCCAGGUACCACUAGCAGUAUUGAGGGCUUGCUUAUCAAAGAUUGUGGAUUUUCAUCACCAAGGGCUGUUAUUUGCUGUGAUUGGCUGUAUUGAGAUCAUUGGCUGGUUAACUGGAUAUUUGGUUUUCGGUUCACUCUACCACGCAACAAAACACAUCAUGAGAGGAAUGACCUUCCUUAUUGGAGCUGGGGUACUUGCUAUCUCUACGAUACUUUUAGGGGUAACUCAGUUCUAUCAAGGCUAUAGAUCGUACAACGUUUUUGUUGAAUCAAUAACGACACGUGACGAUGUGAGCACAAGUGACUCAGAAGACAGUGAAACUGUUGCUAUUCUUGGUGAAAACCAGGCACGCCGUAACCAUGGCUACCAGAGCUGUGGCUGAAGUGAUUCCACUCUUGCCGUAACAGUGGUUACCAGAGCUUUACCUGAAAGAAUCUUCCAUUCUGUGUUUAUUUGUGGCUCAAUAGUUUGUUGGAUUAUGUUGCUUGUACCAAGUUGAGUAACAACAGAAAUCAAUAUCUUAAAAAUUAAUGCAUCUGACAUGGGCGCAAACUAUAGAACAAGCAGUUGACACGUGACCUGACGUUGUUUGAAGUCACGCGAUUGAGUAAAAAAAGUCCCAUACAGUUUAUAGCAAAAACGCUCGAAUAAUGUUAAAAACUAUGGCAACUGUAUGAUAAUAUAUUCUAAAAUAUAUACUAAAAUAUAUGUUAAAAUAUGUGUUAAAAUAGAUGUUAAAAUAGAUGACCUAUAUGUUAUAAAAGAUAAAAUAUUUUCACUAAUUUA